AUGGCGUCGAUAGAGAACUUGCUACAAGAUUCAUUGAACCUCCCAUUCCCAGCCCCCACAAAACAGGUGGCGGGAUUGGUUGAUGGAGUCAAAACUGAUGUAAUGGUCAUGAACUUCAGCGAUAAGAUCAUGGUUACCAUCUCGCAAGAGGGUCGACUCGCCCAUUGGCUGCACGUACCACUCGGGAACCCAAAUCCCGGGACUGAUGGCAUGCAUACAUUUUCUGAGGCAGACGACAGUCUGUUACCCCUCAGUGCAUUGACAGCAACAUCUUUACUCGGAGGUCAUGCGCCAGGCCAAGAUACUAUCGGCCAACUUUUAGCUCGCCAAAUUGGCACUGCCAUUGCAACCAAAUCACCAUCCGAGCAGCGAUUGCUCGUCGUUGGGCUAGGACUGGGCAAGACGGGAUCUGAUCGUGAUUCCUUCUUCGCAAUCAUCGACCUUGUCCUGCAAUGUAUCUGA